AUGAGCACCAUGCAAGAAGACAGUGUUCCUAUGGUGACUGAUUUGCCAAAAGGGCUUUGUGGAUCAGCAUUUCUCUUUCCUGCUGAUGUGACUUCUGCUACCUGCAUCAUGGGCAGUGUCAGCAGCCUCAUCUCCGGCCACGGCUUCCACAGCAAGCACUGCCGGGCCUCGCAGUAUAAGCUGCGCAAGUCUUCCCACCUCAAGAAGCUCAACCGCUAUUCAGACGGGCUGCUGAGGUUUGGCUUCUCCCAGGACUCGGGGCAUGGCAAGUCCAGCUCCAAAAUGGGCAAAAGUGAAGACUUCUUCUACAUCAAGGUCAGCCAGAAGGCCCGGGGCUCCCACCGCCCUGAUUACACGGCACUGUCCAGUGGGGACCUAGGGGGCCAGGCAGGGGUGGACUUCGACCCGUCCACCCCACCGAAGCUCAUGCCUUUCUCCAAUCAGCUGGAGAUGGCUUCUGAGAAGGGUGCCGUGAGACCCACGGCCUUCAAGCCAGUGCUGCCACGGUCAGGCGCCAUCCUCCACUCAUCCCCUGAGAGCACUGGCCACCAGCUGCAUCCCGUGCCUCUGGACAAGCCCAAGGAGCAGGAGCUGAAGCCCAGCCUGUGCUCUGGGGCACUGUCCGACUCCGGCCGGAACUCCAUGUCCAGUCUGCCCACGCACAGCACCAGCAGCAGCUACCAGCUGGACCCGCUGGUCACCCCGGUGGGGCCCGCCAGCCGGUUUGGGGGCUCAGCCCACAACAUCACACAGGGCGUUGUCCUCCAGGACAGCAACAUGAUGAGCCUGAAGGCCCUGUCUUUCUCUGACGGGGGCAGCAAGCUGGCCCACGCAAGCAAGGACAAGGGCUCCGUGCGCUCCCCCAUCUCCACGGCCCAGUGCACCAUCCAGGAGCUGGAGAAACAGCUGCUGGGGAGGGCGGGCGAGCUGCAGAGGCUGCACCGCAGCCUCGAGGAGAAGGAGCCGGCCGCCAGCCAGCCUCACGAGGAGCGGCCGCGGCGCGGCAAGGACGAGCUGGAGGGGCUGGAGGCCAAGGGCAAGCUGAAGGUGGCCGCGCAGAAGAGCCAGCGCGCCCAGCAGGUCCUGCAUCUCCAGGUGCUCCAGCUGCAGCAGGAGAAACGGCAGCUCCGGCAGGAGCUCGAGAGCCUCAUGAAGGAGCAGGAUCUGCUGGAGACCAAACUCAGGUCUUACGAAAAGGAGAAGACCAGCUUUGCCCCCGCACUGGAGGAGACGCAGUGGGAGGUGUGCCAGAAGUCCGGCGAGAUCUCCCUCCUGAAGCAGCAGCUGAAGGAGUCCCAGACGGAGAUCAACGCCAAGGCCAGCGAGAUCCUCAACCUGAAGGCUCAGCUGAAGGACACGCGGGGCCGGCUGGAGGGUUUGGAGCUGAAGACGCAGGACUUGGAGAGCGCGCUGCGCACCAAGGGCCUGGAGCUGGAGGUGUGCGAGAACGAACUGCAGCGCAAGAAGAACGAGGCCGAGCUGCUGCGGGAGAAGGUGAACCUGCUGGAGCAGGAGCUGCUGGAGCUGCGGGCCCAGGCCGCCCUGCAGCGGAGCCGGGACGCGGCCGCCCUGGGUCCCGCCCCCGCGGACGACGUGCCCGCCCUGCAGCGCGAGCUGGAGCGGCUGCGCGCAGAACUCCAGGAGGAACGGCAGGGGCACGACCAGAUGUCCUCCGGCUUCCAGCACGAGCGGCUGGUGUGGAAGGAGGAGAAGGAGAAAGUGAUCCAGUACCAGAAGCAGCUGCAGCAGAGCUACCUGGCCAUGUACCAGCGGAACCAGCGCCUGGAGAAGGCGCUGCAGCAGCUGGCCCGCGGGGACGGGGCGGGGGAGCCCUUUGAGAUCGACCUGGAAGGGGCUGACAUCCCCUACGAGGACAUCAUCGCCACCGAGAUCUGA